GACUAGCUUUCCUCUUUCUAUUUCUGAAAAAAAUCCCAUCGGCAAUUUUGGCCAUUGGAGCAGCACCAACAACAUUCUCACUCUGCAACAGUAGCAAAAAAACGUUGAUUUAUGGAUUGAUUGCCUGGUAUCCAGGUUCACUUAGAGCUUCACUAACAGCCACAGAGCAAACAAAAAACAAACAAAACAACAGACAAUGUCCGACCUGGAACGUAUAAGACUGGUAAUAUUGGGUGGUGCCGGUGUGGGCAAAAGCUCCAUAGUGAAACGAUUCCUGUUCAAAACGUACACCGACAAAUAUCGUGCCACCGUUGAGGAUUUGUACAAUCGAGAAUAUGAAUUGGGUGGUGCAACACUAAAGGUUGAUAUUUUGGAUACUUCCGGUGAUAUGCAAUUUCCUGCCAUGCGACGUUUAUCCAUAGCCACAGCACAUGCAUUUAUGCUUGUCUAUGCCUCAACAUCUGGACCAAGUUUUCAAUGUGUAAAACAGUGUUUCGAAGAAAUUCGAGAACAAAGAGCCGAUUUUCAAGACAUACCCAUAGUAAUCGCUGGCAAUAAAUCUGAUUUGGCUAAAACACACCGAGAGGUCAAACUGGAGGAGGUAACAGACUGGGUCUAUUGCGAAUUGCCACGUUUAAGAGCCAAAGUUUUAGAAUGCUCUGCCAAAGAGGACAACAAUGUAACGGAACUUUUCAAGACAAUGCUAUCCUUGUCGCGUUUUCUGCCCGUGGGAAGCAGUAAUGAAGGUACCAGUGGUCUCAAAAGGCGUUCAUCCGCCUACGUUAGUGCAUCAUCGAGUCGAAAUAAAAAUCGCAAUGCUAGUCCAUCCAUUUCCAAUGAUAAGAAAUCCAGCCUUGUAGAUGCCGUAGAUCCGGCUACCAGCAGUGAUGCCAAAUUGAAGCCCAGAUCAAGGUCUCUGAUAAGGCGGGCAUCACGUAAAACAAAACAACAAAUUAACAAUGCUUCCGAGGAUUGUAAUUUACAGUAGACGCAGAUGGCCGUAAUAAAAAUGUGUGGCCGUCCGCCAAUGGCGCUACUACGGCAAUAAUGAUGAAUAUGCUGGAACGAAAAUCGAAUAGGAAUGAGCAUACAAAUCAUAGAGUGUCGACAAUACGAUGGUGAUUAUAGACUGUAGGUGUGUUACUGUGGCCCAUGAUGAUGGUAAGUCAACGUGGUGAUGAAGGUAAGUCUGCUGUGUAAUUAAACAACAAUAAUUGCUAAGACUUCCACAUCAUCAUGUUCGUCGCCAUCAUCAUCAUCAUCAUGGUCGUCAUGGGGGCCUAAAUCAGUACCAGGCCAGAAUAUGCCAAUUGGGCUUUGUAUUUGUAUUCUUUCGCCUAUUUACAUCAAAUUAACACGGCUAAACAGCAGCAACAACCACUACAACCAAAGUCAUUGGCUUGCAAAGCAACAGCAACAACAAGAACAACCAAAAAUAGGAACGUUUACAUUUUACAUUUAUAUUUACAUUUGCUCGUACAUAAUAAUAAUAAUAAUAAAAAUUUAAUUGUAUUUGUUGAAAAUGUGCGUAAAAUCAAACAAAACCCAAUAAGUAAAAAAGAAAAUAACAACAAGAACAAAAAACAUCAAAACUCAAAAAGAGAGAAAAAAAGAAACAACAAAAAUAAAAGAAACUCAAUAUGAUAUUUACGAUUACAACAAUUUAAUGAAUAGCAGCAACAAAGCAAACAACUACAACAACAACAAAAAACCAAAAA